GGUUUCCCCUUGAUAACUUUUCUUUCAAACGAUUGUGUUUAUAUUUGAGAAGUUAUCAUGUCAUGUCAAAGGACAGCUUAAAAUUAAUAAGAUUUUUCCAAGCAAUUGACUCAUACAUGUGAGUGGGUCAGUCUCCCUCUUUCUCCUGUCAAAUUUUUAAUUUUUUUCUUAGAAUAUGGGGUGUUUUUUUAAAAAAAAGAAAUCUCCCUCUUUGUCAUUUCAAAAUUUCUUACUAUGUCUAUUGUUAAUUAAAAAAUCUCCCUCUCUUGGAAGUAAAUUCUCCCUCUUGAACAUUGAAAAAAGUUCACAUAUAAUUAUGUUGACCCAUUACUGAUAAGAGAUUUGCUUAUUAGCAAAUAUUCUGGGAAUAUUACUGGUUUUUGUAUGUACAUUUUUGAAGGAUUUCAAUGAUUGUAUUUAUAUUUAACAUGUAAGUAUGUUAUGUAAAAAUUUUCACUAUUUUUUCAGGUGUUGAUAUUUUCGUAAUGUAAUUGUUGGCAAAAAAAAAUGAGCUCAAAUAACAACAACAACUCCUCCUACCUGGAGGUGAGCGGCCAGGAGGCAAGUGACAUCUUGGCGGCUGCUUUACAGCAGAUGGACGGAAUUAUUGCAGGCACAAAGUUUGACAGCAGUAGUGGUAGUAAUGGGUUUGGAUCUUUAACAUCAACUCCGGAGAACACUUUAAAACAUCGUAGUAACGUAACUGAGGCACGUAUCAUAAAACUUGUAGACGAUUUAAAAUUGGCAUUAGAACUGUGUGACAAUAAGCAACAGAUUAUACGCAAACUUCCUGACGAUGUUCUCACUGCUGUUGUUGCCUGGUUACAAAGUGGGAAAGAAGAGGCCAGCAAGGUAAGACCACUGUUUUUUGUCUUAUUUUAAGGAUUGGUAA